UAUUUCUGCCUUGUCAGGGCAAGAGACGGCUUUUUGGGACAAGAUGGCCCAGUUUAAGGACAAGUCUCCGUGCCCCACUCAAUGUGACCCCAAGUUCCAGUCAACUGUAGAAUAAAACAGGGAGGACGGGGCUGGCAGGGAGGAAGACUGUGGAGGAGAGUGACAGUGGACAGGAGAUGGAGAUCAAGGAGGGGCAUCCAGGAUUUCAGCGUGUGACGUAUUUCCCUAACAUGAUGCAAGCUGGCCACUAAAAUGUAAUAGGAGCCACCUGAAGCAGGUGACACCAACUGGGAUUCCUAUGCUACCACAAUGAGGACAGCAUUCACACCUAAAACAGGAGCAGUGGCCAAUCUAAUACGUCCAAAGAGCGUCAGAAGAUUAGGUUUUACCUACUCUCUUAGCGAUCCUAUUCUGAACCAGACAAAUUAUAAUGAGGAGUAUUGUUGGAAGACAUAUCCUAAAGAAGAUAAGAUAAAAAGUGGGACUUCAAGAGGACUAAGGUCACAUAAGGCUCAUCUUGGUCAAGAAUUCUUUCAGUGGACACUCCCCAAAGGGGAAGAAACCCAACCCCUCCCUUGGGUAACCAUUCCGUCCAUGGAAAAAGUCCGGGAAGCGAUAGCAAAUCAGUUUGUUUCGCACACCAAGAGGGACUUCGUGGAUGUGGCUCAAGCUAAGAAGACCAUGAAAAGGUUUCCCAUGUCCCAGGACUGGAAAUCGUACCUUCCCCGGCCUCUGGACACUGAAUUUCGGCACCAUUACCAAGUUCCAGCCAAGAUUCCUGAACUGCAGGAUUUUAGUUUCAAAUACGGAUGCUACUCAACUUUGCCUGUUGCUUCCCAGGGUCUAGUGCCCUCUGUGCUGCAUAGCUAUAUACGGAAUCAGGAGCGCACUAAGAAGCAGACCACAUAUGAGAGUGACUACGGGAAAGCCUGCCUGGACUUCUUGAUGAUCUUAGACUCAUUCACUCCCUCCCAAAUCCAGAAGUACCUGCAAAAUGUUUCCUACAAAGACAAAUUCUUGAUCGCUUCAUCCAUUCUCAUUAUGACAUCGAUGGGGGGACAAGUGAGAAAGGGAGCCAAAGUCGCACGAAGAGACCCUGAGAGCAAGGACGUGCCCAGCUCAACCCAGUCAUUUUCUAACAACCAAGGACACAUAGGAGAGAUUGCUCCAAGUACAUUGUGGUAGCAUGCAUAUGUAUGUUCUGCCGUGUUCUGAUUGUAAAUGAAACUAGUUAAAGUUAUAAAUUACCCCCUGGACAUGGCUUUAGCUGUGUCUCAGAGGUUUUGAUGUCACGUGUUUCCUUCUUUUUAUUUUUAUAGUUUUUGGUUUCAGUUCGUCUCCAGAGAAGUUUCAACUUCCCAACAAUGAAAACAUUUAAAUGACAUUUCCAUUCCAUUUUGAAUGUUGUAAAAAAACAAUCUUCACUUUGGGGAAUUCUCCAAAGAUUCACUGUAUAUUGUUAAUCCAGCAUAUGAUUACAUCUUACAAGAGUAUUAUGAGAAAAAUCCACAUAUGUAGUUCUGAAAUCCUUAUUGUUGCCUCAACUGUAUUCUUGAACUGUCAGGUUCUGAAAAAAAUACUAAAACAUCAGACAAUAAACAUAGUCUUGUCAA